AAGGAAACAUUCUAUUAAAAAAAAGUCGCUUUGGGUAAAAUCUCCAGUCCUUGCGUCUCUUCGUCUUCUUCGGACAAUGGCACAUUCCUUGACCUCACUCGCCAUUUUCCAGGGCGUCAACCAUAAAGAGAUGAUUAGGAGUUUGCAUGUCUACGGAUCCGUGGAGAUUGAGCGAGAGUUCUUGUUCGAGAGGAAAGGCCGUUAUGUGGAGAAGAAAGCGAAGCCUCUGUUUUGUUCGGAAGGUCUCCAGCGGGCGGAGAUCUCGCUAGGUUUGGUUUUUGGCACGUGGAGAUGUAUCUUCGUGUUCCGGUCUAACCACUCGCUUCCUCAGUUUCCUACCCUUCUAUGCCCUUCAAGAAACCCUAAGCUGGUGGACAUCCCUAAUUUAGCUAACGUGCUUAAGUUCAUCUCUGAAUUGAAACCGAAGAAACCAUGCUUUGACGAGCAUAAACUGCUGGACCUCGUCUUCAAAGAAGAUAGAGUUGGAGAUGGUGAAGUUGAUCAGGCUAAACCGGAAAGGUUUGCCCUCAAACAAGACCUUAACUGCCUUCCUGAUUCAGAAACUGAAUCCGAGAAAUCUGAAGAUGACCAAACUGAACAGUCAGAAUCAGAUGUUAGGACAGAGAUAUUUAAGAAGAGGAGGACACCAUCCCAACAUGUUGCUGGACUUUGCUUAGAAGAUCUUUCCAAAUACUUUGGUGUUCCUAUCGUGGAAGCGUCUCGGAAACUCAAUGUCGGUCUCACGGUCUUGAAAAAGAAAUGCAGAGAGUUUGGGAUUCCUCGGUGGCCUCAUAGGAAGAUCAAAUCUCUCGACAGUCUCAUCCACGAUCUUCAGGAAGAAGCAGAGAAGCAGCAGGAAAAGAACAAAGCAGCAGCAAUGGUGGUAGCUAAGAAACAGAAGAAACUGGAGAGAGAGAUGAGAAAUAUAGUUGAGAGACCGUUCAUGGAGAUACAGAUAGAAACCAAAAGAUUCAGACAAGACAACUUCAAAAAAAGACAUAGAGCUUCCAGAGCCAAGAAGAAUCAAGAAUCUCUUGCCACUUCCUCUUCAACUUGAAAGAUCUUAUUAUAAGUCUUUUUAUUAACAAAAUUAUUAGUUAUAGGAUCUCUCUUAGUCCCAAAGUCCAACAGAUCCUCCUAGGCCAUGUUGAUUUAAAUUUUUGUUGUUGGUAUCAUGACUUCUUUGUGCUUUAAAACUCGGAAUAAUUGAUGCAAAAUGAUCAGUC